UGUAUGGUGUCGAUAACGUCGUGCCAGGACUGGGACAUCACCACCAUCGAGAAGAUCGGCAAUCGUCUGGACGGCUACCACCCGCUGCAGACCACGCUCGCGGAGAACUACGGAUGCCAGUGCGGCUACUGCUCGCCGGGGUUUAUCAUGAACAUGUACAGUCUCUUGAAAGCAAAGAAGCUUACAAUGAAAGAAAUAGAAAAAUCUCUCGGAAGCAAUAUCUGCAGAUGCACAGGGUAUAGGCCUAUACUGGCCUCUUUUAAAAAAUUUGCUUCUGACGCUCAAACUCCAGCUUUGUUAGACAUCGAAGACUUGAAGAUAUGCAACAAAACUGGAGAAGAAUGUGUCAAAGAAAAAUGUGAACGUUUCGAUUGGUGUGUAAUUUCAAGAAAAGGAUUACUCAAUCAAGUUUUGCAUAUCAAAUUAAAUGAUAAUAAAGAUUGGUACAGAGCAAACACGUUAUUAGAUGUAUUGGAUAUUUGGAGCCAAAAUGGCACAGAUUCCUACAUGCUUGUUGCUGGAAAUACGGCUAAAGGAGUAUACCCAAUAGUGGAAUAUCCUAGAUUACUAAUAGAUAUUAGUUCUGUGCAAGAAUUGAAAAGUUUCUUCAUAGACCAAAAUUUAAUAAUUGGAGGUGGAAAUACACUAGCCGAUGUUAUUGAUAUAUUUACAACUGUUGCAGAUAAUGAUCAAUUUAAAUAUGUUAACAUAUUAAAAAGUCAUUUAGAGUUAGUUGCACAUACUACUAUCAGAAAUUUAGCAACACUGGCUGGAAACAUAAUGAUCAAGCAUCGUCAUACCGACUUUAAAUCCGAUAUUUUUCUGUUACUUGAAACAGUUGGAGCACAAAUAACAAUUUUAAAAGAAGACGGACUAAAACAAAUCCUACCAACGCAAGCCUUUCUGAAAGAAGAUAUGACAGGAAAAAUUAUUCUUAAUAUUAUAUUUCUACCGUUAAAUAUGGAGCAUAAAAUAGUUACAUAUAAGAUAAUGCCGCGAUCUCAGAGUGUUCAUGCCCUUGUUAACGCUGGUUUCCUUUACAAACUGAGCGAAGACAACAUCGUGCAAGACUGUAGAAUUGUAUAUGGAGGUCUUUCACAACAAUUUAGUCGCGCAUCCAAUACCGAGCGUUAUUUGAUGGGAAAAAAAUUAUUCGUUAAUAAAACUUUGCAAGGUGCUCUAGAUUUGCUGAAUAAAGAGUUGGUCGUAGAGGAUAAUCCACCAGAUUCACCAGUGCAGUACCGACAUCAAGUUGCCUUGGGGUUGUUUUAUAAGGGUCUCCUCUCGUUGUGUCCAUCAAGCACACUAAACAGUGAAUACCGUUCCGGAGCUGUUCAACUUAGAGACACUAGACCGGUCUCUGAAGGGCAUCAAGUGUACGACACAGAUGAAACAUUGUGGCCCUUAAACAAAGCUAUUCCCAAAUCUGAUGCCUUGAUUCUGUGUGCUGGUGAAGCUGAAUUUUCUGAUGAUAUUCCAUCACUUCCGGGAGAAGUGUUUGCAGCAUUUGUUCUCGCUAAAGUUCCUCUAGGAACUAUAGAAAAGAUAGACACUUCAAGAGCUAUGGUAAUAUGA